AUGAAUGAGAAAAACUGGCUUGACAAGGUACGGUGCCUAGGUACUCGAUCCGAAGAUUCCGCCUCAGUGCACGUCGGCAGUUAUGCGGAACUGUUUCGUCCGGCCUGCGUCGUCUGGCUAUGGAUCCACAAAAGGACUAUAUUUAAUAUGCUCAUUUGCAUCAUGUAG